AAAUUACUGGACAUAUUUUUAGUUCACAAAGUAUGUACAUAGCGUUAAAGUGCAAACUGCAGUUGCACAGCGAUUGUCUCGUUAACACCGAUUUUCCUGACUUCUACGGUGCAAACGGUAGGUACACACAGGUGAUCAAACGCGAUUGUUGGUUAUCCAUACAACUUGUAAGUCUUCAGCUGCCGACGCUGUCGACGUAGAACACUGAACGAACGCAAAAGACUCGAAUACGUAGCAUUUAGUGAAACUAUGUGAGGACGUGGGACGAAUAAACUGCCUAAUUACGGUGAAACCAAUAUUGAAACGCUAGUUGAUACCAGUAUUAACAAUAAAAAUGAGUCUCAGUGUGGAUAAUCAAAUGAGCUACAUGCUGCAGUGGUUCCACGAAUGGAGUGAACUCCAAAGAUCUGAUUUUCUUCCCAUUGUGGUGGAAAACUAUGGAAAUAAGGCACAUGUGAAUGGAAUUGUGAACAACAUUGCCAAUGUUAAUUUUCAGGACAAACCAAUGUCACUCUUUCAAUGCAGAGUGAAAUUGUUUAAAGAAUGGAUUCCACAAUGGGAUGGUGACAACAAGGCUGAUUUCUUGAGAAGGAUUGGUGAGAUUGAUCCAGGUUUUGGUGACAAAGUGCACGCUGAGAUGCAGAACGGUGUUCCGCACUCAGAAACAAACGGGAUCGCAAGUGAAGAGAUUCUUGAAGACUAAACUGACGUAACAUUAUCUGUUUUUGAUUAAGCUGAUAUAUAUCAUUUUUAUUUUUUAUACAUUACUUUAAAACUGCUAUUGAUAUUAAGUUUUUAACGCAUUUGGAUAUUCUGAUGUUUGUCACUGAAUGUGGUAUUAAAUUGUGAUAAAAUUCCAUCA